AUGGCUACCCCGCCCGCCAGCCGCGACGAGUUUGAGGUGGCUCUCGUCUGUUCGCUGCCUCUCGAAUACGAUGCCGUCUCGCUACUUUUCGAUCAAUUCUGGGACGAAAAUGGCGACCAAUAUGGCAGAGCCAUUGGAGACCCAAACACUUACACAACUGGACGCUUUGGAAAGUUUGAUGUCGUCCUAGUGCUGCUACCAAAUACGGGGAAAGUCAGUGCGGCUAGUGCGACGGCAAGCCUCCGAUCGAGCUAUCCAGGGCUUAGGCUCGUAAUCUUGACGGGGAUCUGCGGGGCCAUUCCUAGUUCUGACGCUGGUGAUGAGAUUCUUCUUGGGGAUGUGAUUAUCAGCAAGACCGUGGUACAAUACGAUCAUGGCAGGCAGUAUGUGGAUAACUUUGUGCCAAAGGAUACUACACAGGAUAGCUUGGGGAGACCGGACAAGAAUAUUCGCAGUUUAGUCGCGGUUCUUGAAACAGCCCGAGAACGAGAGCGAGUUGAGGAACGGGCUGCCGUUCUCCUACAACAAAUUCAAGCUCCUGCCGCCAAAAAGCCUCGUCGCCUCAAAGCAGAUGCUUACCAGUAUCCUGGAAUUGCGAGUGAUAAGUUAUUCGAGGCAACUUACCGCCAUAAGCAUCACAGUUCGACACGAUCCUUCUGCGAGCAGUGUCAUGAAUACUCAGAUUCUGUCUGUGAAGAAUCUCAAAACCUAGCUUGCGACGUACUCGGAUGCGAUGAGAAGCAUGUUAUACCGCGACAGCGUCUUGGAACAAACCGCCAGCUAGAACAACAUGGGCCUAGUGAGGACGCCUGGGUUCCGUCCGUCUUCAUCGGUCGCUUCGGCUCAAGUGAUAAGAUGCUUCGAUCUGGCGAGCAUCGCGAUGGGAUCGCCAAGCACUAUGGUGUUUUGGCUUUUGAGAUGGAAGGUGCAGGAGUCUGGGAUGAGCUUCCGUGCAUUAUUGUUAAAGGAGUCUGUAAUUACGCAGACAGCCACACGAACAAUCACUGGCAGAACUUUGCGGCUGCGACUGCUGCAUCUGUCGCCAAAGCCCUUGUGGAAAGGUAUACAAAAACAGACAAAUCAGCCGUGGUUGAAAUCCAAAAACAACUAAAGGAUAUGAUGGAAGACAAAGAAAGCAGUGAGUGUCUUAAGGAUCUGCAUCAGACAGAUCCUCGCGACGAUAAGACGCGCAUACAGCGUACCAAAGGCAACUUACUCAAAGACUCAUACCGUUGGGUCCUUGGCCACAACGAUUUCAAGCAGUGGCGGGACAACCCCCAAUAUAAGCUGCUUUGGAUCAAAGGAGAUCCUGGGAAGGGAAAGACAAUGCUUCUAUGCGGUAUCAUCGAUGAGAUAGAGAGUUCAGCUACUAUGCAUUGCCUAUCCUACUUCUUCUGUCAAGCUACUGAGGUACAACUGAGAGAUGCGACAGCAGUGCUGCGAGGUCUUAUAUACAUGAUAGUCAUCCAACGGCCGUUGCUCAUCUCACACGUUCGAGAGAGAUACGACAGUAUAGGGAAGAAGCUUUUCGAUGAUGGAAAUGCUUGGGAGGCUUUAUCUAAAAUCCUGAUGGCCAUCUUGAAGGACGCAAGUUUGGCUAAUGUGAUUUUGAUAGUGGACGCUCUCGACGAGUGUGUCGAUGGACUGCCACUUCUUCUUAACUUCCUUUCCCAAGCGUCAAGUUCAUCACGAGCCAAAUGGAUUGUGUCAAGCCGGAACUGGCCUCUUAUUGAAGAGAAUCUCGAUACAGCUAUGCAAGGAGUUAGGCUGUGCCUUGAGCUAAACGAGGCAUCGGUUUCCACCGCCGUUGAAGCCUAUAUCAAGUAUAAAUCACAAGAAUUGACUGAGAAGAAAGGCUACGAUACCACAACGCAACGGGCUGUUGAGCAGCAUUUGAUCCUAAACGCUCAUGGCACAUUUCUUUGGGUAGCUUUGGUCUGCCAAGAACUUGAGAAUCCAAAGGUCAAAAAGCGACAUAUUCUUGGUAAGUUAAAGACAUACCCACCAGGGCUUGACACUCUAUACCAGAGAAUGUUGGAAAAUAUUCGCGACUCACUUGAUGCGGAUAUUUGCCGGCAGAUCUUGGCUAUUAUUUUAGUCGUUUACCGCCCCGUCACGUUAGUAGAGCUAGACCGGCUUCUAGACUCUCAUGAUGAUUACGACAAGGAUGACUUGGUAGAUAUUAUUGGGUCUUGUGGUUCAUUCUUAACUAUCCGAAAUGAUGUGGUUUAUUUUGUACAUCAAUCGGCGAAGGAUUUCUUGCUUGAGAAAGCAUCCGAUCAAUUUCUGGCUCCUAGUAUCGGAUACCAGCAUCAUACCAUCUUCUCAAGGUCAUUGGACGUUUUGACCAAGACGCUACAAAGAGACAUUUACGGCCUGCGCUUCCCAGGCUUCCCGAUCGAACAAGUGUCUCCACCUAAUCCUGAUCCACUGGCGCCAGUUGCAUAUUCUUGCAUCUACUGGAUUGACCACUUUAGCGACCCAGAAUGCUUGCGAGAACUGGAUCGUGAGAGCAGACGCCAGAGCGAAGACGCUGUCAUCAAAUUCGCUCGAGGUAAAUAUCUAUAUUGGUUGGAAGCUCUGGGUUUGCUGCGUGGUAUGUCAAAGGGAUUACUCGCAGUCCAGAAGCUAAAGGAGAAUGUUUUGACGCCGCACCUUGCGGAAUUGCUCGAAGACGCACAUCGAUUUUUUCUUUCAAAUAAGCGAGCGAUAGAAUCUGCUCCGCUGCAAGCAUAUGCAACGUGCGAAGAGCCGGAAUGGAUUCUCGCCAAACCACGUGUGGAAACACGCUGGCCUGCUUGGUCAACCCUACUUGAGGGCCAUACCGGUAUAAUUUAUACGAUUGCUAUUUCUCAUGACUCAUCCCUCAUAGCAUCAGCCUCAAGUGACGGCACGACCCGGCUUUGGCGAACCAGUACAGGCGACUGUGUACAAGGAUUUGAACACCCUGGAGUUGUAGUUCGCUCGAUUGCCUUCUCGCACGACGCAAGACUCUUAGCAUCCGGCUCGACCGAUUGCAAAGUGCGACUCUGGAGCGUUGUUACAAGCGAAUGCCUACAUACACUUGAAGGUUAUACAGACGAAGUGCCUUUAGUCACUUUCUCUUUUGACUCGGUUUUCAUAGCAUCGGCUUCAUAUGAUGAGACUAUCCGACUCUGGCACGUUGACUCAGGAAACUGUGUGCAAAAGUUACAGGUUAAUAGAGAGAUUCUUGCGAUUGCCUUCUCGCAGGACUCAUCGCUGUUAGCAACAGCUUUUGAAGACGGAAUGGUUCGAUUCCGGAGCGUCGAAACGGGUGAUUGUGUACGAGAGCUUCAACUUGAUGUGUUUGACGUCAUAUCAGCUACAUUCUCAUACGAUUUGGCACUCUUAGCAUCAUUAGUGCGUGCCUCGGAAAGGCAUUUGAUUAAGCUGUGGCGAAUUGAUACAGGAGAGUGUGUGCGAACGCUUGAAUGUUCUGAAUAUAUUUGUCACUUUGCUUUCUCUCAUAACUCGGAGGUUAUUGCAUCGGUCUCUAGUGACGGGAUGAUGCAGCUCUGGCGUGUCGACACAGGAGACUGUGUGCGGGUGCUGAUCAAUAGCGGUCCCGGCGAAAUUGCCCUGUCAAGAGACUUGAGUCUUCUAGCCGUCUCAUGGAGGGAUACGACCAUCCGCCUCUUUCCCAUUGAUGUAAACAGCGGUGUACAAGAAGCUGAUGCACAAAGCGACAUGGAAGAGCAAGUAAUCUCUGGGACUAGACAUGCAUCGAUUGCUUUUUCGAACGAUUCAGCGCUCGUGGCCUCCGCUUCAAAGUUUAAUAAUAUGAUUUUGCUCUGGUGCGCUAAAACGGGGAGAAGGGUGCGGGAGCUACGAGGUCAUUCAGAGGGGAUUGAGUCAAUCGCUUUCUCACAUGACUCGCUGCUCUUGUCAUCAGCUUCUGUUCAUAGGACUGUCAAGAUCUGGCGCAUCGACACGGGCGAAUGUUUGCAGGAGCUAUACCACGUCUAUGAAAUCGCUGCGGUUGCUUUCUCGCAUGACUCUGUUCUGGUGGCAUCAGCUUCUUUGGAUAAGAUUCGGCUCUGGAGCACCGACACAGGCGACUGCGUACAAAUGCUGGACACAUGGAUGGGGGAUAUGCGCAAUCGCGAAAUAGGCUCAGUCGCCUUCUCACACGAUUCAGCACUUAUAGCAUCAGGUGAUUCAGAAGCAACGAUUGAGAUUUUGAGCGUUGCUACGGGCUCAUAUGUACAGACAUUACAAUUCCAGGGCCAUAUAGACGAUGUUACUGCAAUCGCCUUCUCGCAGGACUCAACACUCGUGGCAGCUGCCGUGCAAGGUGGCACCAUUCGACUCUGGCGCGUCGACACCGGUGAAUGCCUGCAAAAUACUCAUCUCGGUGUUGUAACUAGGACGUUCCGGCCAGCUGAUAUAUCAAUCUCAAGCGAUCACUCGCGAAUUUUUACAGAAUUUGGUUCUAUUGCAAUUGAUAGCACCAAUAAAGCUGAUACAUCGAUUCCAUCUCAGUUUUCGGGCAUUGGCGUUAGAUGGGACUACAGCUGGAUUACUUGGGACAGUCACAACAUACUCAGGUUGCCGACAGAACUCGAGGCGUGUCGUUCGGCCGUAUCCGGAUCUACUGUCGCAAUCGCCUGCAGAUCAGGACGAGUGAUUUUUAUCCGUUUCUCAAGUGAAGAGCUAUCAAAACUCUCUGAUUGCAAUAAUUACAACCGUAUAGCCUAA